AUUUGAAAAAGGUUUAUCUUGAGGAAAUCAGGGCUGAAGUUACCUCCUCAACUGUUUGUCUAUUUGUUUAUGUAGGAAACCAUGAUUGAACAUACUCUUCAACAGGCUUCCACAAUGUUUACGUCCAAAACUCCCCAUUUUUUCAAAGUAAUCCUUCAGGAAACUUUGAGAGAUGGGAUACUGGGGAUUCCUAGAAAGUUUGUGAGAAAAUACGGAAACCAACUGUCAAGCCCUGUUAAGCUUGAGGUGCCUAGUGGUGCAAUAUGGCAGGUGGAACUGGCAAAGACUGAUGAAAGGGUGAGGUUGCAAAACGGCUGGCGAGAAUUUGCAGAGCAUUACUCGCUUGAACUUGGGUCUUUUGUGGUCUUCAGAUAUGAAGGGAAUGACCAUUUCCAUGUCCUAAUUUUUGAUAAAAGCGCUUCGGAGACCGAAUAUCCCCACACUAGCACUGAAGGUAACGAUGGUGAUGAUCAUGUGUCCGUUGAGAUUUGUGAUGAUGUUUCAGCCAGUAGGAAAAACAAAGAGAAACCAGAUUUGCCAUGUUCACUCCCUCAAAAGAAAAUAAGUACUGAUUCAAAGUUAAAGAAUUCAUCUUCACACAUUAGCCUUGAUGAACCCUGCUCUAUAAAGAAUAAGCUUCGAAAUCUCAAGAAAAAUGAAAACUCAAGUAGUUCUACAGGACGUGUAGAUGCUCAAAGGAGCAUAGGCAAUACAGAUGGAACCAGGAGCUUGGUAAGUGAUACUAAUUCUAGUUCUCAAGAAAGAUGUCCCUCCGGCUCUACAGAACUUAAAGACUCAAAGUUCCAAAAACGAAAGAAGCGUGUGGAUUCCCAAUAUUCAAAAAAAGAUCUUAGGGAUGAAUUCAUAUGUUCAGCAAAACAUGAUAAUGGAGGGGUAUCAGGUGCUUGUGGAUGUCUGAAACCUGACCUUAUAGGCAGGACGCAACCAUUGGCUCCAACUGAGAAACAAAGAGCUGCUGAUAUUGUAAGUUGGUCUUCCUCAAGAUUAGUGAGUAGGAAAAGUAAAGAGAAAUCACAUUUACCAUGUCCUCUGCCUCAGAAGAAAAUGAGAAUCGAUUCUUCUAAUCAACAUGGACAAAAUUCGAAGUUAAAGGUUUUAUCUUCUGGCACUAGCCCUGAUGCUCAAAGAACUGUGAAAACUAAGGCUUUCAGUUGUGUGCAACGGCUGGCAGCCAUUGAAAAGGCGCACGCUGUUCAGAUAGCUAGUGCUUUUGAAAGUACUGAAAACCCAAUUUUUAUGAUAGUCAUGCAACCAUCAUACGUUCGUGGUACAUGCAGAAUGUUUAUACCAUCGGACUUUGCUAGGAAAUUUUUGACAGUGCACAAGUCUAAUCUGACCUUGUGCAAUUCCACUGGGAAAACUUGGCAUGCCAAGUUAUACCAUCCAGCAAAUAAAAAGCCCAACGCACACCUCUGCGGUGGGUGGCGUGAAUUUGUGGAAGAUAAUCAUCUUAAUGUUGGUGACAUUUGUGUUUUCGAGCUAAUUAAGCACCCUGAAAUCUUAAUGAAAGUGCAAAUCUAUCCGGUUGUCAAAAAUGCAAGCAAGGCCAGCGGGCAACAAGCUCUCGGGAGCAUAGUCAGUCGAGUUAAAACUAGGAGCUUGGUCAGUGAUGCUGAACCUAAUUGUCAACAAAGUCCAUCCAGCUCCAGUGAAUCUAAAGACCUAACAGACUCGCACAUCAAAACCUUGCAUGACUCUCCACUAGACCAGAAAACAAAGAAGAAAUUGACACGCUCGAGUGCUCAGCCUUGUAAGAUGACGAGAACCAGCCUAAGUGGAAGCAUUCAGGCUAAGGGGAUUAAGCACGAGAAAGGAAAGAGCUUGAAUUUCCAAUAUUCAACAGAAGAACUUGGAGGUGGACUCAAAAAUUCUGCAAAAGGUGAUAGUGGAAGGAAGUCAGGUGCUCGGAGAUGUCUGAAACCUGAUCCUGUAUACCAGAAACAAAGAGCUUGUACAGGAGGUGGUGCUUUUAGAACUUCAAACCCCUCUUUCAGUGUUGUGAUACACCCAUCACAUAUUGGUUCUUGUAGUACUGUGCACAUACCGGAGGAAUUUGGCAAGAGAUAUUUGAAGAAAAACGGAGAAAUGAUGCUGAGAGUUGCAGAUGGGAGGAGUUGGAAUGUUGAGUAUGAAAGAAUAGGAACGAAUAAAGGUAGAAAAGCAGGGUUUGGGGGUAAGAGUUGGGGACAAUUUGCUAUGGACAAUGAAUUGGAGGUGGGAGACGUUUGUGUGUUUGAGCUGAUGAAUGAAAAUGGAAACUUGUUGGAAGUUGUCAUUCAUCGCAAGCUUUUACUCGUCGAAAUUAAUUAAGUUGUCAAGUAUUUCAAUCCAAAUUGGGACUGUUUGAUGAUUUUGAGUAUUUACUUCAAUGGAACUUUUUAUUAUUCAAGGAUGGUGAAUACAUCCCGGUUGAUUCAAA